AUGGCAACUGCGAAACCGGACGGAACGAUCGCCACUAUCAUGCAACGCAAUCUUAGCUACGGCGAGGACGACACAAUCGCCUCGCGGCUAGAAAGUAUGGUCAACAAUGAGUUCUGCUCGGAUGUGACGUUCAUCGUUGGCCCGAGCAAAACGCGAAUCUACGCACACAAGCUGUUCCUGGUGAUGGCUUCGGAAUAUUUCUACGUAAUGUUCUUCGGCAACUUUCUCGAGGCGAACAGGGCCGAGGUAACGCUCGAGGACGUCGAUCCGGACGUGUUUCUGGUGAUACUGCGCUACAUCUACUGCCUGAAGGUGGACUUUACGUUCGACAAUCUGCGCGACAUAUUCGACUGCGCGCAGAAGUACAUGCUGAUCGAUCUGCACCGGCAGCUAGGGUGCUUUCUGAAGGACCAGGUCGAGGAAACGACGGCACUGUCGAUUUUUAGCAUCAAUCGCUGCUACGGCUACCCGGCCGUGGACGACUGCUGCCUGGAGCUGAUACGGAACAAUCCGCUGUACUAUUUCAAUCACGUAGAUUUCGCCACCAUUCACCGAGACUCGCUGCUGAAGAUAUUCUCGUCCUGGGCGAUCAACUGUACGGACGAUCAGCUGAGCAGUGCGCUCGAUAUCUGGGAGGAGGCAAACCGGGACGAGGACACGCAGGAGCUACGCAUGAUCGUCAAGCGGAACAAGCGGUUUCACAACUGUCUCAAGCUGAUCGUGUUCGGGCAGAACAUGAACGACGUGUUCGUGGAACCGGCCGACGAUCUCAAGCUGGCGGUCAUGUCGGACCUGCCGCUGUCACUGUACGGGCUGGGCGUUUACCUACUGUCCAAGGCGAACGUCAUAUCGGUUGAGCUGAAGAUCUACGAGGAGGAUAGCGAGGUUAGCUCGGACGUGUUCGAGUGUCCGAACCCGUGCAGCACGGUGCACGUGGCGGACCUGUUCUUCGAGGAGGUCAUAAUGGUGCCGCGAAAAAACUAUCGAAUCUCGAUCAACAUGUCCCCACCGUGCAAGCAGAUAUUGCUGCGUGAGCCGCGUACCUACCAUGAAAAAAUUCGACUGGUCAUCAUGUACCCACCGGGCGAUCGCAAACCGGUCGGGAUCGCACACGUCUACUGUAAGGAACGCAACCGCGAGCCGACGAAAAAAUAA